AUGGCCGUAGUGGAAGACCGCCUUUUUUUGUUUGGAGGCCACAGCGGCAGCAAACACUUGACGGACUUGCACAUCUUCGAAACCGCCACGCUCACCUGGAUCAAG